GAAGCCCAACUUGCUGUUCCAGGAGCUUGACAAAGAUCGGAAACGAGCCCAGCUGGUGCUGCAGUACAUCCCCCAUGUGGUCCCCCACAAAAAUCGGGUCCUUCUCUUCCGGAGUAUGGUCACCAAAGAGAAGGAGCAGCUGGGCUUGGUGGAGAGCAGCUCUGCGUCGCCUCACGUCACCCACAUCACCAUCCGCCGGUCCCGCAUGCUGGAGGACGGCUACGAGCAGCUGCGCCAGCUCUCCCAGAACGCCAUGAAGGGCGUCAUCCGGGUGAAGUUUGUGAACGACCUGGGCAUGGAUGAAGCGGGCAUCGACCAGGACGGGGUCUUCAAGGAGUUCCUGGAGGAGAUCAUCAAGAAGGUCUUUGACCCGGCCCUCAACCUCUUCAAGACCACCAGCGGGGAUGAGAGGCUGUACCCCUCCCCCACCGCCUACAUCCACGAGAACUUCCUGCAGCUCUUCGAGUUCGUGGGGAAGAUGCUGGGAAAGGCCGUCUAUGAG